AUAUCAACUCACCACCUACACAAAAAGCUGCUUCGGUACCUAGUCGCUGAUCAACCAAGACACCUCCAGCUGGGUGAGUCGGAGUGUUACCAGUUACAGAAGGAGAGUCUACGUGUCGUCAAAGUUUGUUUACUGUAUGGCCUGGCCUCUGAAACCUUCAUCGACUUGUUUCCAACAUUUGUGAAACAGCUUCAGCAGCUCCAGAGGGAUGUUACUGAUGAUUCGGUCAGUUCUCAUAAGAUGGAGCUGUACGUCGAGCUUGUAGGUGUCUUGGAGGGGGCAGUUCACUUAGCCGGAACAGCUGUAACAGCCAAUCAGAAAGCGGCAUUUGUUAGGAGUGAAGACGGUAUGUCCUCCGAGGCUGCUAAGACUGAGGUGGCUGCCAUGCCGACCCUGAAUUGGGGUCAUGUGGCUGACCUUCUACAUCCCUUGAUGUGUGUUCUACAGACACAUUUGACCGAGAUUAAGGACACCUAUCAAAUACAG